GAUCUACCCAUGUGGGUAAACAAUACCUAUCACCAUCAACGCCUGUCGUUAUACUUGUCUUGGAUUGUACUGUUAAAGAAUUAUGACUGGUCUGUGAGCAAGAAUAAGACUCAGCUAGGCUUCAGUCACUAUUGUUGAAUCACGAACUUAUCCCCAAACGAUUCUUGAAUGAACCAGUGGACGACGAAGCUAUUACCUCUGCCUCCACUCCGACAACCCCGCCUCCAACAAACCACUCCUCUUCGCACGACGGCCACCAUGCCACCACCAAAGAACAAGCCUACCCAAAACCGCGAUGUGUCCAUCUCAAAGGCACUGAGCUUAUUGUUGCGACAUGCGGCAGAGAAGGAAGGGCUGAAGAUGAACGCCCAGGGAUAUGCCUCUGUGGCAGAUGUCAUGGCCUGGAGAAAGCUCAAAUCUCUCAAAGUGACAUUCCCGGAAAUCAUCAAAGCCGUCUCCUCGUCCGACAAGAAACGUUUCGCCCUCCUACAUAUCCCAUCUACACAGGUCGACUCAAAGACACAAGGCACCGAGAUCCCCAUGAUUGAAGACCCGACAUCGGCCCUUGGUUCCUCAGCCCCCUCGACAAGUGAAGGGCAAGAGAACGCAACCGAGAUAGCUCUUUCAGUCCAAGAUUCAGACCCAUCCCAUUUCCUGAUCCGGGCUACGCAAGGCCAUAGUAUGAAGAGCGUGGAUGCGGCGUCGUUUCUGGAGAAACUGACCUUGUCCGAUGCUUCAACAUUACCUGAUACAGUUGUGCAUGGCACAUUUCACUCCGCGUGGCCGCUGAUUCUCAAAUCCGAAGGACUCCGGUGUAUGGGACGGAAUCAUAUUCACUUUGCUACAGGGCCGUCUCUUGAGUCCGUUCUCCCGGGACCUGUGGAUGCGACAGCAGAGUCUGCCAAAGAUGCUCUACAGCUCAAUGAUGGCAGGGUCAUCUCGGGGAUGCGCCGCGAUGCACAAGUGUUGAUAUUCAUUGACAUCAGAAAGGCGUUGGCGGCGGGGUGUCCAUUCUGGCGCAGUGAAAACGGGGUGAUUCUCAGCGAGGGAAUGCCUGCUGGAGAGACAGCGGAUGAUAAUGAGACGAAACAAAAGGUUGUGCCAUUGGAGUUUUUCGAUGUUGUCGUGGAGAGGACAGCCGGAAUGGGUAAGAUCUGGGAGGACGGCAAGACUCUUCAGGAAAUACCAGUGGAAUUGCUCAAACGAGGGAACCCCAAGGGAAGACGGACGCGACCAAAUGACAAGAAUGGGAAACAAAUAACCCCGGCAGAAAGAGGUCAAUAAAUAAUAUACCAAAAUAGAGGAAAUGCUUCAUUUGUAUAGACACACGUGACUGCUCACCUGAUAAUCACAAAAUAGAUGCGUAAUGCGGG